AAGUGGCGAGCGCAAGCGUAUAGGCUCUAAAGUGGUAUACACGGUAUGUACACGGUAUUCGGUUCGAUUCCCAUACUUUUUGACCAACGCCAUUCCAUCAUAGAGUAGAUUGUAUUUCUCCUCUAUGGAUUCCAUGGUGGAAACACCCCUUGGGUUCCUGUUCCUGACUAUCGUUCUUCGAUUCGAACUCUUGGCUUCCUAAGUCGAUUCAUGAACGAGAGCAGAUUAUGGCGCUAUCUGCAGAGAGCCUGCCUCUGAGUCUGUGAUUUCGAUAGUGAACACGACUUAAUUCGACUUCGAUGGUUCGAGAGUGCACGGCGGCGCUCGGUGCUCGUGGAGUUGGAUGGUUGUCGUGUGUGACAUGGCUGCUAUAAAAUUAGAAGUGGAGCAGGAGGUGGAUAAAAAGGAUGAAAAUCUUAAUGAUGAUUUGACGAUGGGUUUAAGUGUAAAGCAUCCCUUACAGAAUACUUGGACAUUGUGGUAUUUUGAAAAUGAUAGAAACAAGAGUUGGGAAGAAAAUCAGAGGAAAAUAACGAGCUUCAGAUACGCUGAGGAUUUCUGGAGUUUGUAUAAUCACAUAAAACCAGCAAGUGACUUGAGGCAAGGUAGUGAUUACUCACUUUUCAAAAAUGAUAUUUGUCCGAUGUGGGAAGAUGCUGCAAACAAGAAUGGAGGCCGUUGGUUAAUCAAUUUAGAAAAGAAACAAAGAGGAAAUGAACUGGAUAAAUAUUGGCUUGAAAUGCUCCUAUGUUUAAUUGGAGAGGCUUUUGAUGAGCAUAGUGAAGAGGUAUGUGGUGCAGUCGUUAAUAUUCGGGCAAAAGGUGACAAACUGGCUCUGUGGACUGGAAAUGCGCAAAACAGCCAAAGUGUCAUAGAAAUAGGCCGGAAACUUAAAGAGAGAUUAAAGAUAGGAAGGAAUGUGACCAUUGGUUACCAGAUCCAUAAAGAUACAAUGGUGAAAUCGGGGUCUGUUACAAAGAAUACCUACACUGUAUAACAGCCUUUUUGAUAUAGAUAUGUGAAAUACUUCUGUUGUAAGACUGUGAGUGGUGUAAAGGCAUAACAUGUGCAAAUAUUUUUUCGGAACCUUUUGUAUUUGUUUAUUGUUCACAAGCUCAAAAUGUCAUUAUCUUACAGUGAGGCAGGAGUGAAUUGAUAUUUGUUAUGAGGUGUUCUGCAUGGGUCAAAUUAGUGGUGGGUUUGUAAAAGGGGGCCCAGCUUAUUAAAGUUGUAGGAUCAAUGCAAAAAUCUGCAGUUUAUUUGAAUGUACUAAUGGUUAGAGAAAUACAUUUUGUUAAGUAUAAUAUAAUGUACUAAUUAUUCCUCUUUAAAUAACAUGUAAUAACUUGUCUUCAAAGAAUUGGUAUCUUCUUUUUGUUUCCCGAGUACAAAUCCACUACAUAGGUGAUAAGCUUGUAAGGUGUAUUGCGGGUUUUGUACUACAAUAUUUUCAUUCUUUUUUCUUGCAGUCUGCCCAAUAUUUAAUUUUUAUAUAUUUAAUUAUGUUAAGUAUCAUAGUGGGCAUAUAUUGUGACUGAAUAGCCUAUAGGCUGAAGAUAGCUAGUAAAGAUUUUCAUGCUUCUCUGAAAUUUAUUGUUGUGUUAAUCAGAGGUAACUUUGUUCUGUAUUUCUAUUUAUUCUGAUAUACCUACAGUUGUGUAUUGUGUACAGUGUGUGAAUUGAAUGAAAUAAAAUAUGCUGUAAUUUACUCACUGACAGUCUUGUCUUAUUUCUCAAGAAGUAAAUAAUAUUUCUUCCAGUAUUAUAUUAAACACAUUGAUAAUAAUAGAAAAUUAGAAUUUACUUAAGUAUAAAUAAUGUAAAAUCCUUCCUAAAACUACAACUCUGAGAGUGCUAUAUCAGGAAGGAAUGUAGAUACACAUUAAACAAAACCAAGAUGAAAUAAGACUGGUGGAAAUAGCCAAUUUGCAAUUCUAGGAACUUGUGACACUCCUUUUUGUUAAAGUUAAUAGUAAAACUAGUAGUAUCAAUGUUGUGUUCAGAAAGGUGCACAUUUCAAUUGCUGUUGCAAUCUUGCUUCAGAAGCUCCUAUAUUAACACAUCUCUUCAUAAUUAUUAAUGACUCCUGUACAACCAAAAGCAGUACUGCCAUCACUACAGUUUGUUACAUACCCCACACUCCUCCCCCCAAUUCAACAAUGCAAUGACAGUUCUGUUGAUUUUCUAUUGAGUUACACAUGGGAUCUGUGAAACAUGAGCAAGCACAUGGGUGGUGGAGAUAACUUGUGCUUCACAAACACCAGCUCUACCUUAAUUUCAACAAUGCUUGGCAGAAGGGUAAGUUUGGCAACUUGUGGUGGAUGGUCCAAGUCAUAGAAGCACUGUAGCAUUACAUUGCUAUGUGAGAUUAUUCCAGUAACGUUUUGCAUUGCUUAGUUUUAUCUACACAUUUCCCAAAUAUAAUUUUUUUUUUUGCAAUUGCAUAUCAUUUUACCUCACUACUAACCAUUCCCAAAAUUGUAAUCUCAGCAAAUCAUCUCACUCCUAACACAAUAUCCAAAUUUUUCGUUACAUAUUUUAUACUAUUUUACAUGUUUUGCUUUUUUAACAAAAUUUUCAUUCUAUCAAGUUACUUCAAUUUUUUGUGAAAAGUUUUUUUAAAUAUGCAUUCUUUAUUGGAGAAAUGUAGGUGUGAAAAGAUCAACACUGUUUCAUGAACUUCAACAUUAAUUUUUGAGAAACUUUGGCUAUUGCUGACAUGUAAUGUGAAAUGAGUAUGUUGCACGCUGCAUGGAUUGUUUGUUGGUCCUUGAUAUCGCAGGUUCAUAUGAUUGGCUUCUGUGUGUUAUUUGGGGCAAGGUGCAUAUAACCUUGCUUCUAUGAACCUUGGUCUGGGUCCAAUACAAACCUUUUAAAAAUCAUGUGGAGAGCACAAUUUGAUGCACACUUUGCACCUUGACCAGGACUACAGUCCUGGAUAAAAACAUACUAAGCUUUUACUACUGACAGGAAAGUUGUAUGGUGCAAAGUGUGCAUCAAA